AGUAGAAGGAGAGCCGUGUCACGUGGUCAGCUGCCAUCGUGCUGCCAGUGUGUCUGACAACAUCAGAGGUGUGUGCAGUGUUAAUGAAACAAUGUUGACGUUUGAAGACCUGAUGACUAGUCUGAGAGAGUGUGUGAUCACAGAGCGUGGAGCAGCUGAAACUGUCAGGCUCUUUAUUGAUAAACUGUCUGAAUCCUCCAGGAGUAGUGUGAAAAGAAGCAAAGAGCGCUGCUUAGAGGAGGCUGUCCAGCUGUUGAGACAGAUCCCAGAGACACAGCUUCAUGUCUUAGAGGAGAGCCACCUCCUGCUUCUUGUCAGGCUCCUCAUCUCCAUGCAGCUGCAGAUGGUCAACAUCUCCACAGCCUGUCGUAAAGUGGACCAGAUGCUGCAACAUCUGGCAAAGCUGGACCACCAAUUGGUUUUUAGAGAAACCCAGCUGUGUUUACACGGCAUAGUCCAAACUGAGCAGGUCUUGUCUCAUGAGGAUCUGCAGAGAGCCUGUAUGUUCCUGGAAGACAGCGCUGUUGGUCAUGAGGUGUGGCGAGAGUCAUCCCUGUCCCUGCUGAGUAAAGUGUCCGAGUUAUUCCCCGUCGUAUUGCAACAAGAAUCCCUCAGAGAUGGGCCGCUGUGUUACACUGCUGUCAAGGUGUGUUUGCAGAUAUUUCAGCUGUUGUCCAGUGAAGUGGCUCCUCUGGUGUGGGGCACAGAGCAUGGGCAACCAGCAGUGCAGAAGAUCCUGCAGGCUCUCAUGGAUAUAAUACUCGGACAGUGCUGCAACAGGGACACUCGUCUCCUGGCAGGCACUGCUGUGGCCAUGCUGAUCAACACAGCACCAGAGAGCAGAGCUGGAGAAGCUGCUGCUUGGAGUCUGCUACAGGUCUUUCACUCAGAACCUUGGCUGCUGACUGUCGGUGCUCUCCAGGUACAGUGCAGCCCUACAGGGAAGGACGGCGUGGACAGGGUGGCUGUGAGCAGGGGCCUCCUGACCUGCUGUCGACCUCACAUCUUGCUGAGUUCACACGUGGAUGCCACACAAACGUGUUUACUGCUGAAAGGUUUGUUUCCUCUGGUCUGUGCUUUGUGUGAGGAGAAGCUGGAUUGUCACUACUUUGCCUUUGAAGUAUUCACACUGUGGCUGAAGAAAGUUAAAGAAAGCCUGGCUGAUAUCUGGAAGAUGACAGGCGUUCGCCUUCUGCCUGACGAUGGCAGCCUGCAGCAAGAGCUCAUUCACAUUAUCUGGACCAAUGCAGAAAGUCCAGUUGAAGGUGUGUCCGAAUUUGUGCGCAGUGCCUUUAGUCUGCUGCUGGACAUCUAUAAAAUGGACUGUGAGCAGUUUUGUGACACAAAGAAGAUUCUUUACUGUACUCUACUUCAGCGAAUAAUCAAACUACCUUGGGAAGCCAAAGCCAGAUAUCACCGCCUUUGUGCACUACUGCCGUAUCUGGGUACUGACAUGGUGCUCGAUCAAUAUGUUGAAAUACCCAGUCAUCUCCUGAAGUGCUUGUCGACCAAUCACUUGUCACCCUGUGCGUCGGAGCUUUACAAGUGUCUGAUCCAGCAGCAGAGACGAGAGCUAUGUGGCGGCUCACAAAAGUCUGCUUUACAAACCGAGCUGGAUCUGGCCAAUCAGUGGGCGAAGCGUUGGCAGCCUGUCCUUCAUGAGGCACUGACGUCUGAUGUGACUCUUCUACAGAACAACAGCUCAACACACUUAUUACCCUGCACCUUUCAAGUCUUCCCCUCUGCCGUGGAUCCUCUGCUGGCCUUUCUGGACCCAUUCGCCCCCGGCCACCUCCACGCCUGGGCCUGCAUCAUGAGCUCCUAUCGAGCCCUGACUGGAGGCUCUCCAUGGGCUCUGCAGGGAAGUUCCGCCCUUGAAACCCUGCAACUAGCCCUAGGAUCUGCAGAUGACAAAGUCCGUCUGGCUGCUCUCAACCUCCUCUGCUGCAGCCCAAAGACCAAAGACACUCCAACUACAGAGGAGAUGUCAAUAAUGAGGAAGUUUAUUCCUCAGAACUUAAAUUGUGAGUCCUCUCCUUUCCGCCAGCAUCUUCAGGCGGGAGUGAAGAAGUUUCUGGUUCGUAUCAGAGACGGCUGCUUGGCACAUGUCAGACAUAAAGGUAAAAAGAAAGGAGAUGCCACCAACUCAGAGAUGGCACAGGAUUUACUGGAGCAGGGAAUAGGGUUUGUGGAUUGGUUGGAUCAACUUCCUUACAGCUAUCUGGCACCAGGACACAGUUAUCAGAGGAAGAAGACUGCGUUGCUGUUGCUGUCUGCAGUGCUGGAGACCUGCACAGACACAUGGAGCCCAGACAAAAAGAAGGGACAACCUCCGGCAAACAUGGGGUCUCUCAUUAACUGUGCCAGACAAAGAGGACAGUGGGAUUUCGUGUGCAGGACAAAGCAGCUGGUCCUCAUCAGCUGUUUAGAAGAUUCUACAAAUGAGAUUCGGGAGCUCUCAGCUGGGCUAUUGUUGAGAUUUUUUCCACCUUGUUUUCCUGAUGAUAUCGCUGCAGUGCUGUUCAUGCGAACCAAGCUGCUUCUGUGCAGUCCUCGGGUGCAGGAGGCUCAGAUGGGUGCACUCAUGAUGAAGGUCCUCCUUCAGAAAUCACAAGACCAGCACGAGGACUGCAGCCUGAACAGUAGAGCUACUAUUAGCAGUGGAGGUAACCCCAAGGCCUCCUGCAUGAUCAAAUUCCUGGUUAAGGAGCUUGAGGAGCACUAUCUGACAGCCAAGGCUGACAUGAUGCUUGCCGCUAGAACCAAGCCAAUACAUGGUGUUCUAAGUGCCCUUCAGAGGUGUUUGCUUGAGGCACACGGCAGCGUCUAUGACACACUCGACCACAGUCUGACCACGGAUGUGCUAAGCCUGCUGGAGAAUAUCUCUCUGCUGCUGCUGGGUGUUCUGUAUGGAGACCUGGAUGCCUGUGCCACUGAAAUGGAUGCCCCACCUUCUUUUUGUGAUAUGGGAAACGCCAUCACUUCUCUAAUAGCCCAAGCGUAUGACGGAGGUCAAGGUGAUGGAGACGAGUGUGUCCUGCUAUCUGAAGAACACAGCCUCGUUCUCACCUGCUGCUGGGUUUCCCUCAAGGAAAUAGGAAUCUUUUUAGGCUCUCUGGUGGAAAAAAUUCUCAGCGAAUCUAAACCCAACAAGUGCCUUUUAACAAAAGAGGAUCUAACGAGAGCAUCAAAAGUCUUCAAGAAUAUUCUUCUUAAAUGUCGCCACUGGGGGGCAGUUGAGGGAUGCUGUAUUGGCUUUACUAAGUUCUGCGCCUCUCUGUUGAGCAGCAGUGAAGCAGAGCUUAGAGAUAUCCCAGCCCACAUGCUGAAACAAGGUUUGCAGGUUGUUCAGUCCCCUCGUUCCACAUCUGUAACCCGGCGGGCUGCAGGGUUACCUAUGCUCAUCCUCUGUGUCUUGGCAGCAGGGGAGGCCAGUAAAGCAAAACCACUGUUAGCCAAAAGUAUGCAAACCUUACUGGAGACUGCCAAAACUCCUCUACCUGAGAACUGGGACCAAACACUGGACCUGCCACAGGUGUGUGCGGUUCACACUCUGCAGGCCUUGGUGCGUGGUUCAGGUUUGGGAGCAGCUGUCCUUCAGUUUGCUCCUGCUGUAGCCAUCUUGUCACUCACUCUGCUCAGUUCUCCAUGCUGGGCCAUGAGGAACGCAGCUCUGCAGCUUUACAGUUCUCUGUGCUCGCGAAUGCUCGGUCAGCGGCCCAGCAGUGAAGACGGUGGCCCCACCCAGCAUGGCAUGUCCCCCCUUGCUUUCUUCUUCCACUACCCUGCGCUUCAGCCCUUCCUCCUGGGCGAGCUAAGAGGGGCAGCACAAGACCUCCAGGGUCCAUCUAAUGAGGCCAAGUUACACCUCCAACCCUCGCUCUACCCUGUCCUCACUCUGUUGGCCCAACUCCAGCCUGGUGUCCAAGACUCAACAGAAACUUUGUCAGACUUCCUGCCUCCUUUACUCGAGCUGUCUGCCAGUCCCAUUUACAGCGUCAGAGUGAUGGCGUCAAAGGCUUUGGUUGCCAUGACUCCCCCCUCCGAGUACAUGAACAUCCUCAUCAAACUGUCUACUCACUUGCCCAGUCCACGGGAGUGCUGCUGUCACAACCGGCUCCAUGGACAGCUGCUGCAGAUCAAAGCAGUCUUAGAGAGAGCUCUCUGCACAGUCAGUGCCCCUUCAUCUGACCUCUUUGAGGUGUUGAGCAGGGUGGAUGCCUCGCUGUGGCUGGCGACUGAAGCUCAGCGCUGCCCCCUAGUCAGAGCGGCUUACCUCGGCGUGGCGGACUCACUGAGAAGAUUCUGCUGUGAGACUUACCUGUCAAAGCUCAGUGACACACUCAUGCACGAUCUCCAAGCACCUCAACAAGAGCUUCAGAUUGGGUUGUCAUCCUUCCACCAACAAGCCAUCCACUUUCUAUGUACAGAUCUAAAGUGGGCACGUCAAAUCUGGGACAACUUCUCUGCAGUGACCCCUGAUCUGAAACUCUCACUGGUCACAUGGGUGGUGGAUGAGCGCAGUUGGCAGCAGGCCAGCUUGGGAGAGGUGAUCCAGAGGGUGCUGCAGACAAACCUGAGGGAGGCGUUGUUGAGUCACAGUGUGGAGUACCGCAGGGCCUACCUCGCAGCUCUGGUAGCAGCAAUGGCAAGAGGUGAUUCUACUUUACCCCAACAUCAUCCUCAGUCAGCCCCACUGGAGGAGCCAGUUCUGCCUGAGUGUCUGGAUUUGUUGCUCAGGGACUUGGAGGACCAGCGAGGCGGGCCUGAGUAUCUGUCCCAGGCUCUCUCUGCUGCUAGUCUGCUGCUCUCCCAGUGGCCAGACUCCAGUCUGAAGAUAUCCUUGUUCCAGCGUUUGUGUAACGUUCUGGAGUGUCAGCGGUUGCCAGACGCCCCUGAAGUGCUCAGGAUGGCGUGUGCCGAAGCUCUGUGCGUGGCUCCACUAAUUAACCUGAGAGAACACAGCGCUGCCAUCAUGAGCAGGUUGAUCAACACAGGCCUGUGUUUGCUGCAGGACCAGAGCCAGCAGGUGAGGAUGAAGGCGGCCUGCUUUACCUCAGUGCUGCACCAUGUGAGAAGAGGAGAAAGCCAAAAGAGAAUCUACCUCAUGCAGGUCAACCAGGCACUGCCACUUUUGCUUGACGUGCUGCUGGAGCAAUGCUGGGAUACUCCUGGCACACUGGAGGUGCUGCUGUUUAACCUACCUCAGUCUGAUCUCAGAUCUGUGCUGAGAGAGGCCUCGGAGUCUGCGUGUUCCAGUCUGUAUGAGCAGGACGAGGCCAAUGUGUUUGCAGAGCCCUCUGUGAUGGCCGCACAUGUGCUGCCUUACCUGCUGCAGAUGGCUGACAGAUACUCUGAAUCCUCGGCUCUGGCACGGAGCCUGAGUACAUGGACAGAGCAGAAUGCUGCACAGGUGGUGGAGAGCCUUGCAGUCUGUAAAAAACUCAAGCCAGCUGAGACGUUGACCCCGGAUUGGCUGGCUCUCCUCAUUGACCCACGUGUCCACAGCACCUUAUGUGGACUGCUUGCCAGGGCUGCCUUUCUCCUCCGACUGUUGAAAACAUCCGAUGAUCUACGACACUUUUGUGAUCCUUCGUCGCUGCGCACGAGUUUACAGGACGUUUACAGUCUUCUUAUUCAGAACGGUGUCCACUUUUCCUCCACUCUAACAGCUGCUGUGGCUGGAGAGCUGCCAGCAUGACUGAACGGAGGAGGGGCUUUUUCUGUACACUCAAUGAGCAAAGCCUUUUGGCCGACGAGGCAGAGGAUGAAAUUACCUGUGGAAUAUUUAAGGAAUGCUUAUGCCGUCUGAAUGUGCAGCAUUGAUGUUGAACGAGUGUUGUAACUGCUGAUGCUGCAGUACACCAGUACUUGGCAGGCUCACUAGGUUAUGUAAGAGCUCAUUGGCUUCAAGUCUGUUGUAUCCAUCAUCAUAUUACCUGUACAGACAAGAGACCCACUAGGCAUUAGUGUACCAAACACAGUUAUUCCCCAUAAGCUGUUCAUGAUAUUACAUUUUUUUGAAGCUUUAUUCGUUUUAAGCUUUUUCUAUGCAGCAGUUCAGACAUCAGACUAGCCUCAGGUCUGUCUUUUGUGAUCAGUCAUCCCAAACAAUAUGCUCAUUUUAAUCCCAGAGCUGCGCUCCUGUCCUCUGUUGUCCUAACUCUGUUCGUCGUCAUGGUCUCAGCAGCAUCAGUAGCAGGGUGCAAACUGACGCAGUGAUGUAAUGUAACAGCAUCAGGUGAAAAUUGGCUCCUUGGUGCCCAGCAGGGGAAUAUGGUGUAUGGCUUAAUGCUCCAUUAGAGGCCUUUGGCCUGGAUAAGUAUCCGUUUUCCGACCACAUGAGGGCUGAAGAUGAUUGACUAGAUCUGAUAGAGAGCUAUCAGUUGCUUCGCAACGAACCACACACUAGAGCAGUCUUACAUCAUCAGAUAGCCCACUGCUUUUGUUUAAGAUGGGCGGCUCUCAGUGGUAGACAAACACUGACAUGAAAGAGUUGGUACAUGCUAUCGUUGGCCUUGUUAGGGUAUUAAUUAAACAUACCUGAAGGUUUUUAUUGAUGUAUUUGUUGUAUUCUCAGGAUCUAAACAACCACGUUAUCCACAUGACUGUAAACUACCAGUUUUUAAUUUUUUUUACUGCCUCAUGCGCCUCUAUAUGUACAUAAGUCUCUAUUGUGUAUACAUGAAGCAUUGUACUUGUGAGCAUCUAGAUUAUGCAACAGCUAGGACCUCAAGAUUAUAUUAAUGAUUCAUACAUGAAGCUUAUGCAAUGUGUUUCCCUACAAUGCAUUCCUAAAUGAACACCUGCCGUGCAGAGCUCUGUGAGAUUAACGUGCUCCUCAAAGGAGGCUACAGGUGGUUCGUGUCAUGUUCUUGACGCAUUCUGUGGCAGAACGUGACGCACAAAACAAGGAGAUGCAAGAUAAUGAAAGAUAUAAGGCAGGAAAAAAUAUUUUCGUACAAACCUUGAAUCAUCACCGUAUCAAGAAUCCUUGCAAUGUUUGAAUUAUACCACACUUAAUGACGCUUAUAAUAUGCAUUUAUUGGUGAAGUUCCUCUGUUGACUUGGCAAAACCAUGUUUUUUUUCAUAGAUUUAAAGUCAUUUAAGACCAAACUUCACAGUGCAGACCCUUUAAAAUACAAAUGGAGGUUUGAACUCUGCUCUACUUCCACACGAAGGCAAGGAUUGUGACAGUAUGCCUGAAAACAAAUGCUUAAGUUAAUGAAAAGACUAGACAAAGUAAUCUGACUUCUUAUUCAUCCAUCAGAGUCUGCUUGAACCAUGUGCACAGUAUUGUGUCUUCUGCCUUCUGCCCCAACCUUGAAAACAAAGUUUUAAGUGAGUUUAAAACCAAGGUUGGACGUUUCCUGAAGGCAAAGUGUGUAUAAAACUGGAAAAUGACCAUCUGUCCUAAUGAAAGCCUUUGCUAUUGUUACUGGAAGUGCAGAGUCUCAGUGAGCCUGCAUCCUGCUAAUGAAAUGAAUAACUAUGGUAACAGGGAACAAGGCCAAGUAGGUACAACCGCUUUUAUUGGGUGUGUGUAUGUGUGCGAGUGUACGUGCAUACUGGCGUGUGUGCACCAUUCGGAGCAGGAAAGAGUGUUUUUCCACUGAAGUAGCCAGUGAACUCAUUUCAGUUAAAAAAUGUCAUUUUUUUAGUCAACAAAUAAAAUCACAGUAACAAUUUUAAUGAAUGAAAUUGUUUUUUUAAGAACUAUUUGUACUGAACAUAAUAAAGUGAACUGUUG